CACACCAAUCGCCAAGUGGAGAUGGAUCCUAUAUAAUGCCAGAUCUCGCUGUCUAUCCAAAUCCUCUUUUCGUUCCACCACCACCUGUCCCACACCCUGGUCCUCCCCCUAGCGACAAAAGGGGAAACCCUCAUGCUAGGAUAAUCCUUGAAGUAGCCAUGGCCCAAAGAUACUCCGACUUAAAAGAAAAGUGCAAGCUAUGGAUGCAACAGCCGUACGUACGAGCUGUACUCGGCAUAAAGCUUCACGAAACAAAAAAUACACGCAACGCACAAGGACACAAAGAUCGGGCGAUGAAG